AUGCCUGCCGUUCCUUCUUCGCCUGAACCCAAGGCCCCCAAGCCUCUGGGGACUCCUACGCGGGAGCCGGCUUUCCCUUCAAGCCCCUCCACCGGUGGUGUUGUCGCCUACAACAAUGAGCUCCAGGGAGGCCGAACAACACUAGACGGCACCGUGUUUUCCCCGGCUUCAACUCAAUUGGGCCCGGAUAAUGGCAGAUCUGUCUGCCUUGAGCUCGAAGACGGCACUGUCUACAAAGGAUACAACUUUGGAGCUGAGAGAAGCAUCGCGGGGGAGUUGGUUUUUCAGACCGGUAUGGUGGGGUACCCCGAAUCCUUGACGGACCCCUCGUAUCGGGGCCAGAUCCUAGUCAUUACUUUCCCUCUUGUGGGCAAUUAUGGUGUGCCGUCGCGUGACAAGAUGGACGAGCUGUUGAAGGGACUCCCAAAGCACUUCGAAUCCAACCAGAUCCAUGUUGCUGGUCUCGUGGUUGCGAGCUAUUGCGGCGAGGCCUUCUCCCACUUCUUGGCCGAGAGCUCCCUGGGUGAAUGGUUGAAAGAGCAGAACGUUCCAGCUGUUCACGGAAUCGAUACACGCGCCUUGACCAAGCGAAUUCGGGAGAAAGGUAGUAUGCUUGGGCGCAUGCUCCUCCAGAAGAAAACAACCGCAACUCAGGACGGUGCCAGCGAGCAGAAACCGGAGAACUGGAAGGCGAACUACGAAGAGAUAGAAUGGGUAGACCCAAACAAGAGGAAUCUGGUUGACGAUGUGUCAAUCAAGGAACCUAAACUGUACUCCCCUCCUGGAAAGCCUCUUUUACACCCUUCAGGGCGCCCAGUCCGCGUGCUUUGCGUAGACGUCGGUUUGAAAUACAACCAACUGAGGUGUCUUCUGUCCCGUGGUGUCGAAGUGCUUGUUGUUCCUUGGGACUACAACUUCCCUAGCCUCGCGGGCCAGAAAUACGAUGGCCUGUUUGUCUCGAACGGUCCAGGUGAUCCUGCCACUCUUGCUGCCACUGUCGCCAACCUGAAGGUCGCUCUUAAGGAGAACAAGACGCCAAUUUUCGGUAUCUGUCUGGGCCACCAACUUCUCGCUAGAGCGGCCGGCGCCAGCACGCUGAAGAUGAAGUUUGGUAAUCGCGGACACAACAUCCCUUGCACGAGCAUGCUCUCUGGGCGCUGUUAUAUAACGUCCCAGAACCAUGGUUAUGCUGUCGAUUCCAAGUCUCUUCCCGAAGGAUGGGAAGAACUGUUCGUCAAUGCCAAUGAUGCUAGCAACGAAGGUAUCAGACAUACCAGUCGCCCAUUGUUCAGUGUACAGUUCCACCCUGAAAGUACACCCGGACCGCGUGACACCGAAUUCUUGUUCGACGUAUUCAUUAACACGGUGAAGGAGUGCCUCAAGUCCAAGGAUGCACUAUUCAAGCCUGUCAGUUUCCCGGGUGGAACCUUGAAGGAAAAUGCCGCUGCCCAUCCUCGAGUCCAUGUCAAGAAGGUCUUGAUUUUGGGUAGUGGUGGUCUUAGUAUCGGUCAGGCCGGAGAGUUCGAUUACUCAGGUAGUCAGGCUAUCAAGGCCCUGAAUGAAGAAGGCAUCUACACGGUCCUUAUCAACCCUAACAUCGCUACCAUUCAAACGUCUAAGGGUCUCGCGGAUAAGGUCUAUUUCCUUCCCGUCAACGCCGACUUUGUUCGCAAAGUUAUCAAGCAUGAGCGUCCAGAUGCGAUCUACGUCACUUUCGGUGGUCAAACCGCCCUUCAAGUUGGUAUCCAGCUGAAGGACGAGUUCGAAGAGCUUGGUGUCAAGGUUCUUGGCACGCCAAUAGAUACCAUUAUUACGACGGAAGAUCGUGAGCUUUUUGCCCGCAGCAUGGAAGCCAUUGGUGAAAAAUGCGCAAAAUCUGCCUCCGCUUCUAACCUGGAAGAAGCCAUGGAGGCCGUUAAAGGUAUUGGAUUCCCAGUAAUCGUUCGAGCUGCCUAUGCUCUCGGUGGAUUGGGAAGUGGUUUUGCCGAAAACGACGAACAAUUGCGCAGUCUUUGCACGAAGGCAUUCGCCGCCAGUCCCCAAGUUCUCAUUGAAAGGAGUAUGAAAGGCUGGAAGGAAAUCGAGUAUGAAGUCGUUCGAGACGCCCGUGACAACUGUAUCACCGUCUGCAACAUGGAGAACUUUGACCCACUGGGAAUUCACACUGGUGAUUCCAUCGUCGUUGCACCCUCUCAGACGCUAUCUGACGAAGACUACAACAUGCUCCGCACCACGGCUGUUAACGUCAUUCGACACUUGGGCGUAGUGGGUGAAUGUAACAUUCAGUACGCUCUCAACCCUUUCUCCAGGGAAUACUGUAUUAUCGAAGUCAAUGCUCGAUUGUCACGAUCAUCUGCACUAGCUUCAAAGGCUACCGGCUAUCCCCUGGCUUUCAUUGCGGCAAAACUCGGUCUUGGAAUUCCUCUGAACGAAAUAUCUAAUUCCGUCACAAAGGUUACCUGUGCCUGCUUCGAGCCUUCUUUGGAUUACGUCGUUGUCAAAAUUCCUCGCUGGGACUUGAAGAAAUUCACCCGUGUAUCAACCCAGCUUGGCUCCUCAAUGAAGAGUGUUGGUGAAGUCAUGAGUAUUGGAAGGACAUUUGAAGAAGCGAUCCAGAAGGCCAUUCGAGCCAUUGAUUUCCACAAUCUAGGAUUCAAUGAAACUAGUGCUUUGAUGUCCAUUAAAAACGAACUUCAGACUCCCUCCGAUCAGCGACUUUUCGCCAUUGCUAACGCCAUGCACUCUGGCUACACCGUUGAUGAAAUCUGGGAAUUGACCAAGAUCGACAAGUGGUUCCUACGGAAACUCGAGGGCCUGAGUCAGUUCGGGAAGAAAAUGAGCAAUUACACCGCCACCACUGUGCCUAUCCCACUCAUCUUGCAGGCUAAGCAGCUUGGAUUCUCUGAUCGCCAGCUUGCAAUGUUCUUGAGCUCUAACGAGCUUGCUGUCCGACGUAUACGCGUGGAAGCAGGUAUCGUUCCCCUGGUUAAACAAAUCGAUACUGUAGCCGCCGAAUUCCCUGCAUUUACCAACUACCUAUACCUCACCUACAACGGGUCUGAGAAUGAUGUAACCUUUGACGAUCAGGGCAUCAUGGUCCUUGGUUCUGGUGUUUACAGAAUUGGGUCCUCAGUGGAAUUCGAUUGGUGCUCUGUUAGAACAAUCCGCACUCUUCGUGAGCAAGGGUAUAAGACCGUUAUGGUCAACUACAACCCCGAGACUGUCAGUACCGAUUACGAUGAAGCUGACCGUCUCUACUUCGAAAAUAUCACGCUCGAGACCGUGCUUGAUAUCUACCAGCUAGAGUCAUCCAGUGGAGUGGCUAUUUCUAUGGGUGGACAAACUCCAAACAACAUUGCCCUGCCUCUCCAUCGCCUCAAUGUUAAGAUUCUUGGAACCUCUCCUGAGAUGAUCGAUAUGGCUGAAAAUCGCUAUAAAUUCUCUCGUAUGCUUGACAGAAUCGGAGUUGAUCAACCUGCCUGGAAAGAACUUACUAGCAUUGAGGAGGCCACCGGAUUCUGUGACAAGGUUGGAUAUCCAGUUCUUGUUCGACCUUCUUACGUCCUCUCUGGAGCAGCGAUGAACACCGUCUACUCCCAAGAUGAUUUGGCCAAUUACCUAGAGCAAGCAGCUGAAGUUUCCCGAGAACACCCUGUUGUUAUAACUAAGUAUAUCGAAAAUGCCAAGGAAAUCGAGAUGGAUGCCGUCGCUAAAAACGGUGUGAUGUGUGGUCAUUUCAUCUCCGAGCACGUUGAGAAUGCUGGCGUUCACUCCGGUGAUGCUACUCUAAUCGUUCCACCCCAAGAUCUUGACCCAGAGACUGUGAGGAGAAUCGAAGAAGCAACCAGCAAAAUCGGAAAUGCCUUGAACGUCACUGGUCCCUUCAACAUCCAGUUCAUUGCCAAAGAUAACGAAAUCAAGGUCAUUGAAUGUAACGUUCGAGCAUCGCGAUCUUUCCCCUUUGUCUCAAAGGUCAUGGGUGUCGAUUUGAUUGAGAUGGCUACGAAAGCUAUGAUAGGAAAGCCGUUCGAGGCUUAUCCACCAGUGACGGUUCCUCAGCGCUACGUCGGUAUCAAAGUGCCCCAGUUUUCGUUCUCUCGACUUUCAGGGGCGGAUCCUGUGCUUGGAGUUGAGAUGGCUUCCACCGGUGAGGUUGCCUGCUUCGGUCGCGAUCGUUAUGAGGCCUACCUGAAGGCGCUCAUAUCCACUGGGUUUAAACUGCCUGAAAAGAACAUUCUUGUUUCCAUGGGCUCCUUCAAAGAUAAGAUGGAGAUGCUGCCAUCUAUCACCAAGCUUCACAAAAUGGGCUUUAACCUUUUCGCGACAGCCGGCACAGCUGACUUCCUACGCGAGCAUGGCAUCCCAGUUAAAUACUUGGAACUCCUCGCUGGGGAUGGUGAAGAUUUGAAAUCCGAAUAUUCUCUCACACAACAUUUGGCCAACAACCUCAUCGAUCUUUACAUCAACCUUCCAUCCAGCAACAAAUUUAGGAGGCCAGCGAACUACAUGAGCAAAGGUUACCGCACCCGACGAAUGGCUGUUGAUUAUCAAACACCCCUUGUGACGAACGUCAAGAAUGCAAAGAUCCUGAUUGAAGCCAUGUCUCGGCGCUAUGGUAUGGACGUGCAGCCCAUCGAUUUCCAAACUAGCCAUCGCACAAUCUCAUUGCCCGGGCUCAUAAACAUUGCUGCCUUUGUCCCCGGUCUUGCAGAGAAGGGUUCUUCCGACUUCCAGGCUGUUACCAAAGCAUCCAUUACCGCCGGCUUUACCAUGGUCCGCAUCAUGCCUGUUGGACUGAACAGUUUCGUCACCGACGCUCAAGCUCUAAAAUUGGCCCAACUCAACUCGCAAAAAGGCUCCUACUGUGAUUAUAACUUCUCGGUUACGGCAACUGCUACGAAUGCAGACCAGGUGGACCUUAUAAUCGGCGAAGUCGGCUCUCUGUUCAUCCCAUUCAAUCACCUAGCUGGAAAUAUCAACAAAGUUGCUACAGUCACGACCCAUUUCGCAUCUUGGCCAUCUAACAAGCCUAUCGUGACCGACGCUAAAGGUACAGACCUUGCUUCGAUCCUUCUCCUAGCUAGCCUCCACAAUCGUAAUGUGCAUGUGAUGAGUGUUACCUCUCAGGAGGACAUCAAGCUCAUUGCGCUAAGCAAAGAGAAAGGACUUAGAGUCACCUGUGACGUGUCUAUCUACUCCUUGUUCGUUUCGCAAGAAACGUACCCACAGAGCUGCCAUCUACCAACGAAGAAGGCCCAGGAAUCACUUUGGGAACACCUUAGCACGAUUGAUGUCUUCAGUGUUGGAAGUCUUCCAUAUGAGACCGCUGGCAAAGAGGCAUCCCCAUCAGUUGGACUGGCUGAUGCACUUCCGAUCCUCUUAACUGCUGUGUCUGAAGGGCGUUUGACGGUUGACGACAUUAUCAAGAGACUAUACGAGAACCCCAAGAGGAUUUUCGAGCUACAUGAUCAAGCCGACACUUUUGUGGAAAUUGAAGUUGAUCGGCCGUACGUCUUCAAGGGCAAGGGUGUCUGGUCGCCGUUCGAUGGGAAGACGCUGCGAGGCUCCAUUCAGCGUGUCAACUUCCAGGGCAAGACUGCAUGUCUUGACGGUGAAAUACUUUCCGACGCACCCAAGGGCACAGACAUGUCAUCCCAUACCCUAGCGCCACCCCAAUCACCUACUGGUAAGGAAAUGUCUCCACGAUCUCCUAUGGCAGUCGGUUCGAUUGGUCGACGACUGUCUUUCACAACUACACCUCAAGCUCGCCCAUCGCCAUUGAAACAAGUAGACUCGCUCGCUACCACUGACGAACUCGGACCACCUCUCUAUGCAACUCCAUCCACCGGAACUCCCUCACUUCAGGAGCUGCUUUCUCGGUCUACAUUUAGACAUAAGCAUAUUCUCUCUGUCAAGCAGUUCAACCGAAACGACCUACAUCUGCUCUUUACGGUAGCACAAGAAAUGCGACUCGGGGUUCAGCGUCAAGGCGUCCUUGAUAUCCUCAAGGGCCGCGUUUUGUGUACUCUAUUCUACGAGCCCUCAACCCGUACAUCAGCCUCUUUUGAUACCGCAAUGCAAAGGCUAGGUGGCCGAACAGUGGCGAUUGCCACUCAGCAUUCCUCAGCUCAAAAGGGUGAAACGUUACAGGAUACCAUCCGCACCCUUGCUUGCUAUUCCGACGCCAUUGUCCUUCGUCACCCUGAAGAGAGUAGCGCAUCCACCGCGGCUAAAUUUUCUCCAGUCCCAGUCAUCAAUGGAGGUAACGGAAGCCGAGAGCAUCCUACCCAAGCAUUCCUUGAUCUUUUCACUAUCCGCGAAGAACUCGGUACCGUUAGCGGAAUUACUGUUACAUUCACUGGUGACCUAAGAUACGGACGAACAGUGCAUUCUCUCAUUAAGUUGCUCCAAUUCUACCAGGUUCGUGUGCAGCUUGUCUCGCCUAGGGCACUGUCACUGCCGGAAGAUAUUCGCCAGCAGGUUGUUACAUCUGGCCAGCUCAUUACCGAAACCAACGAGUUGACUCCAGAAAUCGUCGCUCGAUCCGAUGUCUUAUACUGUACUCGGGUUCAGAAGGAGCGCUUCACGGAUCAAGCAGAGUACGAACGCCUCAAGGAUAGUUUCAUCAUCGAUAAUUCUAUCAUGAAGCACGCCAAGAGCCAAAUGGUUGUCAUGCAUCCACUCCCAAGAAACGCAGAAAUUGAUGAAGAAGUGGACUUCGACCAGCGCGCUGCUUACUUUAGACAGCGAGAGAAUCCUCCACUGUACCCAAACUUGAGCUUUGAGCUAUCGUCUAUCAACAAUGGGUCACCUCAAUCCGACAGUGGAAAGGGGUCGCAAAACCAACCCUUCUGGGCCGUAAUCGGGUCCUCUGAUAGAUCGGGUUUCUUGGAAAUUCUCUGUGGCCGGCAUAUUUGCAUACCACCAACAGCUCGAGCAUAUCCGCUUCUAUCAACAGAGGAGGUUUCGGCGAAGGAUCCACGUCUUCGUUACCCAGGCCAUGCGGUCCGCCAUGUAGGGUUCAAUGGCGACGCAAAAAGAGAUGCCGGAGGAGUGCGUGGCUCAUAUCUUAGUGCAAGAUAUGAGAGCAGGAGGGAGGAGACAGACUUCACCGUGCUGCAGUAUCUGAGGGGCCAGACAUCGCUUAAUCCCCUAGAAGGCGUGGAAGAUGCGUCUCCCCAGCAAGAUCAAAUACUGAGUCAGGUUAUUGCUGAUCUAGGACUGCAGAAGCUGUUGGAGAUGUCCUUGUCUAACCUGAGUAAUGGUCAAACAAGACGGGCACGAAUAGCAAAAGCAUUGCUAGACAAGCCUGAAGUGCUGUUACUCGAUGACCCCUUCAUGGGUUUGGAUCCUCCAACUGUCAAGGCACUCUCUCCUUUGUUGUAUAAUAUCUCGUUGAGAGGCUCGCCACGAAUCAUCUUAUCUCUACGGCCACAAGAUACCGUCCCUGAUUGGGUAACACAUCUGAUCAUACUAGGUCAGAACCACACUGUGGCACUCCAGGGGGAAAAGGGCGACGUUCUCGGCCAACUGGAAAUAUGGAAGGCAGUUUCACACCCUCCUCCCUCGCAAUACCCGCGAGGAAAACAGUACAAUGCCUUUUCCAUGGAGGAGCGCCGAAGCUAUGAUGAAGCAGAGAAGCUCCUCGUGGAAGGUCGCUUUGAGUCCACGGCAACCAUACUGCACGAUCUAGAGUUGAUAUCAAAGCGCCCUGGAGCUGAGUUGAAACGAGCUGAAAAAUACGGAGAGCCUAUCGUGGAAAUGGAGGGAGUUCAAGUAUCAUACGGGGACAAGACCGUACUUGGUGGUUGGGAUCAAAUUAUUGACGGGAAACGAAAGGAGGGCUUAUUCUGGGAAAUCCGUCGUGGCCAGCGGUGGGGUGUCUUUGGGCUCAAUGGUUCCGGGAAGACGACAUUGGUAUCUCUGAUUACAUCGGACCACCCACAGGCAUAUUCCUUGCCACUCCGUCUCUUUGGUAGAUCUCGAUUACCAGAAGCUGGAAAGCCGGGAAUAUCUUUAUUUGACUUGCAGUCGCGUAUCGGGCAUUCCUCCCCUGAGAUACAUGCAUUUUUCCCACGGAACUUGUCCAUACGGGCAUCUAUCGAGUCCGCUUGGGCAGAUACUUUUCUAUCUAAACCGAAACUGGAUCAGGAUAGAAAGCUGGAUGUGGCCGCGGCUAUAAGUUUUUUUGCGGCAGACUUGAACAUACAUUUCUCCCAAGAAACCGGCAAGCCAAUGUGGUAUACAACUGAUGCGGAUUCUACCUGGGCUGAUCACACCUCCUUCUCAUCCUUGGACGUUGCUCAGCAGCGUCUCGUUCUCUUCCUACGCGCCAUUAUCCAUAAGCCCGACCUCGUCAUCCUCGACGAGGCCUUCUCAGGAAUGCCUCGAUCGUUGAGAGACAAAUGCUUGCAUUUCCUUGAAUGUGGCGAAACGUUAGAAGAGAGUACGGGAUCACGUAGGAUUCCUAACUUCGGUGCCUGGCAUCUCCCCGCCUUGAAAAAUGGCGUUAAGCAUGAACCCAGGCAUCGAGGGUUGACUGACUCCCAGGCGUUAAUCGUCAUCAGCCAUCUCAAGGACGAGAUUCCUGAUGUCGUUUCGCAUUGGAUGAGGUUGCCCACUAUGUUGGAGAAUGAGGCGAAGUUAGGAGGAAGCACGGGUGUCAGAGCCUCUUCCUCUAGAAGCUUUAGGACUUGUACUCUGGAGGAUAAUCAAACUAUUUCUGUGGAGGCAUGGGACGAUAUCUGGUCAUAG